AUGGAGCCACAGCUGUCCGAGGAGCAUGGCGUCAGAAUCGCUGUCGAGGGAUGUGGUCACGGCACACUCCAUGCAAUCUACGCUUCCAUCGAACGAGCAUGCGUUGUCAAAGGCUGGCCAGGAGUAGAUCUUCUGAUCAUCGGAGGUGACUUCCAGUCAGUACGCAAUGCACAUGAUUUACAAUGUGUCUCCAUGCCAGCCAAAUACCGCGAAAUGCACGAUUUCCACGAGUACUACUCUGGAGCUCGCAAAGCACCUUACCUGACGAUUUUCGUUGGUGGAAACCAUGAAGCCGCCAACUAUCUCUUUGAACUGUAUUAUGGUGGUUGGGUGGCACCAAACAUCUACUACAUGGGUGCUGCUAACGUACUCAAACUCGGUCCGUUGAGGAUAGCUGGUAUGAGCGGUAUCUGGAAAGGCUUCGACUACAAGAAACAGCACUUUGAAAGGCUUCCCUACAACGAAGGUGAUGUAAAAAGCAUCUAUCACGUCAGAGAAUUGGAUGUGAGAAAAUUGCUACAGAUACGCACACAAGUUGAUGUGGGAAUUUCUCACGACUGGCCUAGAGGUGUGGAAUGGAAGGGUGAUUGGAAGAAGUUGUUCAGGCAAAAAGCACAUCUAGAGGAAGAUGCUAGGAAUGGUCAAUUGGGAAGUGUGGCUGCCACUUAUGUGAUGGACAGAUUGAGGCCGCCGUAUUGGUUCAGUGCGCAUUUGCAUUGCAAGUAUGCUGCAGUCAUUGACCACGAGAACCCUGGACAGGCAUCUGAUUCUACGGCUGCUGCCAGCAAUGAAGUUCCUGUUGACGAGUCAAUCAAGAAGAACUCGGACGAGAUCGACCUGGACAUGGAUGACGAAGCAACCCCAGCCCCAGUGCAGCCAACAAAGAACACAGACGAGAUCGACCUCGACAUGAACGACGAUGAAGCAGCGCCAACAUCAAAAUCUAGCGAAAGUGUUGCAGUUCUGCCAGUCAAUGCAGAUGAGAUCGAUCUCGAACUUGAAGACGACACCGAACCAACGACUGCACCAGUAGCUCCAGGCCAAGGACUUGACGGCGCCCGAGUACCAAUUGCAGCAUCCACAGAACCCACAACAACCGCAUCCACAGUUCCAGAAGACCUCCGAGCUCAACUGCCAGCCUCAUUCGCACGACCUCCGCCUCGCCCUGAAUCAACAAACCAACCAAUCUCCCAUCCUCCAGGCAUCACAAACACAAAGACCCAUUUUCUGGCUUUGGACAAAUGCCUUCCAAACCGCGACUUCUUGCAAGUGCUUUCCAUGCCAGCGAUCUCUGAUCCUACAGCUUCACCUCAAAGACCUCUGCAAUUGGAAUACGAUACAGAAUGGCUAGCCAUUACCCGUGUCUUCGCUUCCGAACUAAAUGUCGGUGGCGACCCUAACACACGCGCACCACCAGAUCUGGGAGAAGCACAUUACGCGCCUUUGAUUGACACCGCAGAAACAUGGAUCAAGGAGAACGUCAAAGACAUGACCAUCCCCCAGAACUUCGAAAUAACAGCUCCGAUAUUCGAUCCUGCUGCUGGAAUUCAUGUUCAAGGCGCUCCUAAGGAAUACACGAACAACCAGACUAGUAGGUUCUGUGAGAUGUUGGAGAUCUCUAAUCCUUUUGAUAUUUCAGAAGAAGAGAGGGAGGAGAGGAUGAGAGUGGGUCCUAGACCUGAUGAGCAGAGAAGAGAUGGUGGGUUCAGGGGUGGCAGGGGAGGUGGUGGUCGGGGAGGAGGAAGAGGAAGAGGGAAUGGGCGUGGCAGAGGUGGACAUGGAGGACGUGGAAGGGGACGAGGUCGCGGAGGACCUAGAUACUAG